AUGGCUCCGCCAGCCAAACGAAGAAGGCGCAAUGUCGUCGAGUCGGACGAUGAGGAAGACCUACCCAAGACGAAUACGCUCACGAAUUUCCUCCUUUCCUCACCCUCCAAAUCAGAUACGCGAGGCACGACUGCAUCUCCCAGUCCAACGAAACCACAAAGUCGUAUACCCGAUAAGCGUCGAACCACCGCGGCGCCAGCUAUACUCCAAUCACGCAAUGGUCCAGCAAACAAGAACACAAAGAGCCCGAGUACCAGCCCCGAGAAGGCCAAGGGCAAGCCAACGAAGCGCGUCAAGGUGGAAGAGAAGGGCCGCAAUGGAAACCUCAUGACGUUGUUCUCCAAGCAGGCAUCGAAAUCCAGUGCAAGGCCAGCUGCUUCGUCGAGGACGGUACCUCUCGACGACAUAAUAAGCGACCCGAUAUCUGAGGACGAUGAUGUUGCAGAACAGAAAGCUAGCACCUCUAGCAUUGUCGGGCAGAAUGCGCGGAAACGGUUCCGAGAUAAUACACCCGUCUCGUCGUCAACAGGUCUGGCAUCAAGCCAGAGGUUCCUCAAGCCACCGCGCCCGAAUAAACCGGCUGCUCUCGACGACGACUUGCGACCUUGGUCGGAACGCUUCGGGCCCAUAAACUUGGAAGAGCUGGCAGUACACAAGAGGAAGGUCUCAGACGUGAGGAAGUGGUUGGAAGAUGUCCUCGCCGGACGGAUGCGCCAACGGCUUCUGGUUCUCAAGGGUGCUGCGGGUUCGGGAAAAACUACCACCAUGCGACUUCUAGCUAGGGACAUGGGCUACGAGCUCCUGGAGUGGAGGAAUCCAACCGGUGCACUUGGCGCACAUCUUGGGUACACAUCAGCUUCCGCUCAGUUCCAGGAAUUUCUGGGCAGAAGCGGGAAGUUUGGCCAGCUGGAUACUGAUCUGACGACCGAGGCACCACGUCCUGCCAGCACGAAAUCCGACUUGUCAGGGAAGAUCAUCCUCGUGGAAGAGUUUCCCAACACUUUUUCAAGGUCUUCGACAGCCUUAGCCUCCUUUCGAAACACCCUCGUGGAGUACUUGGCGUCGAACAUGCCCUCGCUCUCGAAUUACGGGCGGCGGUCUGCCAAUGAGCCCAUCACGCCUGUCGUCUUAGUCAUCUCAGAGACACUACUGACCACAACGUCAGCUUCGGCAGAUAGCUUCACUGCCCACCGAUUGCUUGGCCCCGAGAUCUUGCGGCACCCUGGGACACGGGUUAUAGAGUUCAAUGCCGUUGCGCCUACCCUGCUCGCGAAAGCGCUGGAGUUGACCGUGAUGAAAGAAGCACGCAAAUCCGGGAGGAAGCGCACUCCAGGACCUCAAGUGCUGAAACGCCUGGGCGAGAUAGGGGAUAUCCGCAGUGCAAUCUCUUCUCUGGAAUUCAUGUGUUUGAAGGGUGAUCAAGACGCGGAUUGGGGAGCCAAGGUUGCCUUGAGCAAGCAGUCCAAGGGCGCCAAGGCGGGCAUCUCUCUUACAAAAGGAGAAGAAGAUACCUUGGAGCUCAUUUCUCAGCGCGAGGCGAGUCUUGGUAUUUUUCACGCGGUUGGAAAAGUGGUCUACAACAAGAGGGAGGAAGCGCCCUCAACGACGAACCCAGCUGAACACUUACCGAGCUACCUCGCGCAUCACUCCCGCCCGAAGCCAUCGGAGGUAUCGGUUGAUACGUUGGUGGAUGAAACCGGUACAGAUACACAGACCUUCAUCUCUGCUCUUCACGAGAACUACAUGUUCUCCUGCGAGAAUGUGCCCCCCUUCGACGCCUCGACACCCCUGGAUUACGUCAACGGAUGUAUAGAAUACCUAUCCGAGAGCGACUUGCUCCUCCCGUCAUGGGACUCCUUCUUCGGCGGCAGAGGCACCUCGAACUUUGGCAAGGACUCGGGAAGCCAUGUCCUUCGGCAGGAUGAGAUUGCCUUCCACGUCGCCGUUCGUGGUUUGCUCUUCUCGUUACCGUCGCCCGUCAAGCGCAAAGCCUCGACCGGUGCAAAGGGUGCGGAUGCCUUCAAGAUGUUCUACCCGACGAGUCUCAAGCUGUGGCGGACAAAGGAAAAGUUUAAAGGCCUUGUUAACGUCUGGUCGACGAAGCUCAUGAAGGGAGAAGAGAGCGCGCCGCGGAAGAGUCUUACGGAGGGCGCCAGCGCGUUUCGACGGCCCAAGCAGGCGGAUAUGGGUAGCUGGAUGGCUAAUCACCAGUCGAAGCCCAAGUCAACCCGGGAAACUUUGUCAAAGACGGACGGGAGCGCGACAUCGGCACCGUUGCUUUCUCUCGGCAGCUCGGCUCGUAGGGAGAUGCUACUCGAGCGCCUGCCGUACAUGGCCUCCAUUGUCCGCGGACGCAAGUCGACGCUGCACUCAUUCAAGCUUAAGGAUCUUGAAAAGGUUGUGUCGUUCCAGGGCAUUGGUCCGCAGACGGGAGACGAUGAUGAAGCUGAGGCUGAGGACGCGCAGGAGAUUGAUGGUGUGAUGACGGGUGACGCGUGGGCUACUGAUAAGCCUUCGGAGGAGGCUUCACCGCGGAAGAAGGGCUCUGCGUUCCGGCAUAAAGGCGAUGGGUCUGUGGCCGGGUUAGCGGUGCAGAAUUUGGUCAUUAGUGAUGACGAUAUUGAGGAUGAUUAA